AAUGUUAAAGUUUAUCGGUCCGGGGUGAUGUUGUUUUAGCUUAUUAGUGCGCAUGCGCUCGGACAAGUCGGUUGUUGCAAAACCAUGAUCCGGGUAUUAAGUGUGUUUGUGAUUAUGAUAUUACCAAAGGACUUCGUACUGGCAGAUUGCGGAGUAGUAACGAGAGAGCAAUGGGACGGUCUGAGCCCAACUCGAGUAGAGUACUUACCACGACCAGUGGGGCUAGUCAUCAUGAUGCACACGGUCAGCUCUCCAUGCAAUACGGACCAGACCUGCGCGGCACAGGUCCGGAACCUGCAGACGUACUUUUUGGACCAGCUCAACUAUUGGGACCUGGGGCCUUCAUUCCUGAUCGGUGGCAACGGCAAAGUGUACGAGGGACCCGGCUGGCUACACGUCGGCGCUCACACCUACGGCUACAACAGGAAGUCCAUUGGGAUAUCUUUCAUCGGCAAUUUUAACAAUGACAAGCCAACCCCCGAAGCGCUGGCGGCCGCUAAGGCGUUGAUUAAGUGUGGGAUGACCAAAGGACACCUGAAGAGGGACUACAAAGUAGUGGGUGCCAGGCAACUCAUCGCCACAGAGAGUCCGGGCCGCAAGCUGUACCAGGAAAUACGCAACUGGCCUGAUUGGACCGAUAAUUUGGAUGGCAUAAAAAACAAUUGAGCAACCAAGAAA